AGUGUGCGCGUGCUUGUGGUGAUCGUGUAAACAUCAGCGGCAAAGCGAAGCGACCCACCUUCAAGAAUGCAAUCGGCGGACCAAUGAAAACCCCGGGCCUGUCAAGACGCACUUGGUACGUGAUGACAUGCAUUACUGCAUAUUACCCAGCGCAAUACAAACCUGAACACCUAGGCCUAACGCACUGAGACCCGCACGACAAGCAAACGGACAACAUGCGCCACCUAUGUCCCGGCAAACAUAACUAAAAUCGGAACUCUCCCAGGCGGCAAUUUCAAAUAGAAACUGGUGCCCAGCCUUAAGAAUAGCCUAUCGGUAACAUAUAGCAAAUAGAGGCAGAACAACAACACAAAUCGAACAUCACACCUACACAAAAUAACACUACCAUUUUAUGAGAAAUUAUAGCAACAUGACCCGGACUCGCCGAGGUGCCCCAACAAAAGGAACCAGUGCCCGUGUAGAGGAGGACUCGUCGGACGGAACAGUAAUGGUAGAAUGUGAGACCUGCCAAGAAUGGGCAAACAUUGAUGACACCCCGUUCUCCAGCACACAAGAAGCCCAGGCAGGCAGAUACACGUGCAACCUCUGCACGAGACUCGCAGCAAUGCAGGCUUCAAUCGCACUUCAAGAAAUAAAACUGCGUGCCGAACACUCACAACAAAUUAGCCAAAUAAAGGCCGAGUGGGAAGCUGCUCAAGCGGAAGCUAAAAUAGAUAGGCAAAACCUACACACUUUGCUGAGCACAGAGCGCAACUUGCGUGAAAAACUCGAGGAAGAGAUUGGUACCCUCCAAACCCAAAUAAAAAAACUCGAACAGACAAACAGUACUCAGGACGCCCAAGAAAACGGAGACCAGGCUACCUCAACUCCUCGACACGACUCCGGGACACCAGAGCCAAAACACCCCUCAGACAAGCAAUUUCGCAGCCAGUGGAAGGAAGACAUUCCAUCACAGGGCACAAGCAGGAUAAGUGAAGACAUUGAGCACACAGUUGAGCUAGCAGAGGAAGGCAAUCCUGGGACACAAGUGGGCAAAAAAGGCCGACCCUUGAAAACAGAGAACACCAGCCAGAAACAGCAGCAGCUCAGCGCUGACCAUAAACAGAAACAUCCCUAUCCUCAAAUGCAGUCAAAUGACCAUCCACCACAAAGCAAACGCACUGUAGUCCUAGGCGACUCCAAUGCCCAUCGAUUGAAAAAGCACCUCCGUAAAGCUAUACAUGAUCAAAGACUACGCAUCACUACAAAAUCUGGUGCCAAUCUUGAAGAAACACUUCACCGAGCUGAAGGAGAAAUUCAGAAGGCAAAUGCCACCAACACAGAGCUGCAACUAAUAAUACAUGUAGGUACUACUGAUCUUUUAAAUAAAGCAGACAUUAAAAAGACCACUGACCACCUGAAGCAACAACUGACUUACUGGAGCCAAAAGACACCCAAACACCACUACAUAGUCAGUGCCAUCCCUGAACCGAAAGCAAGGGGUCAACAAUUUGCUACAGCAUGCCAAACAUGGAACACGGCAGUUCAAACGGCGUGUACAGCCUUGGGCCCCAGUGUGCGGUUUAUGUCAGCAGCCGCCCAGCUAACCGCAGAUCACCUGGAUGAUAUCCACUACUCGGAACAGGCAGCGGACCAGGUUGGCAGCCAACUAGGUGAGGCCAUUAAAUCUUUUUUAUGGGACAAACAACCAACGCGCCCACAACACUGGAGACGAUCAACAAGACCAGAUCAAAGGACAGUGCAAACGCUACUGAAAGCAAUGACAACAGCCCUAGGCAAACUAGGACAGAGAAACCGGCACUGGUAAGCAACCAAGCAGGCAAAACCAUACGCA